AUGGCGAGUCGGUGCCUCGCUCGUCGCGCCCUUCUCUCCACCGCCAGACCGCCGGUCUCCAUCGUUUCUCACUCAUAUGCCACGGCCGCGGCCGCCUCCUCCUCAUCCGGCGUCCUCUCCAGGCCCGCCUUUGUCUUCCGCCUACGGCCUCUCGUAGCCUCCGCCUCCGCCUCCUACUUCCGCCGCCUUACCCCGGCGAUAUCUACAAGGGGGUUCGCCACCCGACAGAGGUCGUCGCCCCUGAAUGAUCAGAACCCGAACUGGUCGAAUCGACCACCGACGGAGACGAUCCUGCUCGACGGCUGUGAUUUCGAGCACUGGCUGGUGAUCAUGGAGGCUCCGGAUGAGAACACGACGCGGGACGAAAUCAUCGAUUCUUACAUCAAGACUCUUGCUAUGGUCUUGGGGAGUGAAGAAGAAGCUAGGAUGAAGAUUUAUUCAGUCUCUACAAAGUGUUACUUUGCCUUUGGAGCUCUUGUGUCGGAAGAGCUUUCCUUGAAAAUAAAAGAACUUCCUAGAGUUCGUUGGGUGCUCCCGGAUUCAUACUUAGAUGUGCAGAAAAAAGAUUAUGGAGGUGAGCCAUUUAUCGACGGCCAAGCUGUUCCCUACGAUCCCAAAUACCACGCGGAAUGGUUGAGAAACAACUCACGGGCCAACGAGAGGAACAGGCGCAAUGACAGGCCCCGUAACUUUGAUAGGUCUCGAAACUAUGAGAGAAACCGUAACUUCAAUGCUCCACCUCCGCAAAAUGCCCCCAAUAUGGGUGGGAAUAUGGGCCCCCCGCCAAACUUCAAUGCUCCAUCUCCACAUAAUGCUUCAAAUGUGGGUGGAAAUAUGAGGCCCCCUCAAAACUUCAAUGCUCCACCUCCACAAAAUGCUCCAAAUAUGGGCCCCCCGCAAAACUUCAAUGCUCCGCCACCACGGAAUGCUCCGAAUAUGGGCGGACAACCCCCACAAAACUUCAAUGCUCCACCACAGCCAAAUGCUCCUAAUGUGGGUGGGCCGAGUGGGGGACACGGAAGCUUUGGAAGAGAGAUGCCGCCUCCUAACAACAACUAUGGAAACUUGCAGUAUGGGUCAAACAGUGGGCCUGGCAUGCGACCCAAUCAGGGGCAGAAUCAGAACAGUGGAUAUGCAUCGCAGAAUGUUGGUGAGGGGAAUCAUUAUCAAGGCCAGAAUGCUCCGCCUCAGCCUCCGAAUAGGGGUUUUGGUCAGGGACAGAAUUCUGGUGGAUAUCGGCCAAGUGCAGGAUAUGGGCCCGAGGUGAAUCAGAACAGUUAUGGUCAAAGUCAGAACGGGUAUGGUCAACACGGGCCGGGGCCAAAUCACAGUGGCUAUGGGAAUCCUACGCAGAACCAGAAUGUUCCUGGGAGAGAUUAUGUAAAUUGA